GCAGCGCAACCGCCGCGCGGUCCGUUAGCUGCGGCAGCCGCGCCUCGCUCGGCCGUUCGGGGCUCCUCGCUGGCCAUGGACGCCAAAAAGAAAGUCACAGCACCCCUUCUCUAUGCUGUUUCCAUUGCUGCCAUUGGAUCUCUCCAGUUUGGGUACAACACUGGUGUCAUCAAUGCUCCUGAGAAGAUCAUCCAGGGGUUCUUUAACAGAACCUUGUCUGAACGGACUGGGAACAUUGUGUCCCCAGAGCUCCUCACGUCUCUGUGGUCCCUUUCUGUUGCCAUCUUCUCAGUAGGAGGUAUGAUCGGCUCCUUCUCAGUUAGCCUGUUUGUCAACAGAUUUGGCAGGAGGAACUCCAUGUUGCUGGUGAACAUCUUGGCAUUUGCUGGUGGCGCUCUCAUGGCAUUCUCUAAGUUGGUAAAGGCAGUGGAGAUGUUGAUUAUUGGCCGCUUCAUUAUUGGCCUCUUCUGUGGUCUCUGCACUGGCUUUGUGCCGAUGUACAUCAGUGAAGUCUCACCCACCAGCCUCCGUGGAGCUUUUGGCACCCUCAACCAGCUGGGCAUUGUUGUGGGCAUUCUGGUGGCCCAGAUCUUUGGCCUGGAGGUAAUAAUGGGGACUGAAACACUCUGGCCACUGCUUUUGGGGUUCACAAUCCUCCCAGCAGUUCUACAGUGUGUGGGUCUUCUUUUCUGCCCUGAGAGUCCCCGUUUCCUAUUGAUCAACAAGAUGGAGGAAGAGAAAGCACAAGCAGUUCUGCAGAAACUCCGUGGAACACAAGAUGUGUCUCAAGACAUCCUGGAGAUGAAAGAAGAAAGUGCUAAAAUGUCCCAGGAAAAGAAAGUAACUGUGCUGGAGCUCUUCCGCUCUCCAAACUAUCGUCAAGCCAUUAUCAUUGCCAUUAUGCUGCAGCUUUCCCAACAGCUCUCUGGCAUCAAUGCUGUAUUCUACUAUUCCACAGGGAUUUUUGAAAGAGCUGAUAUCACACAACCUGUGUAUGCCACCAUUGGAGCUGGUGUGGUAAACACAGUCUUCACUGUUGUGUCGCUGUUCCUGGUGGAGCGUGCAGGGCGCAGGACCCUCCAUUUAGUUGGUCUGGGUGGCAUGGCUGUAUGUACGGUUCUUAUGACGGUUGCUUUAGCUUUGAAGGACACUGUGGGGUGGAUCAAAUAUAUCAGCAUUAUUGCCACUUUUGGCUUUGUGGCUCUCUUUGAGAUUGGCCCUGGACCUAUCCCCUGGUUCAUUGUGGCAGAACUCUUCAGCCAGGGCCCACGGCCUGCAGCCAUGGCAGUGGCUGGUUGUUCCAACUGGACCUCUAAUUUCUUGGUGGGAAUGCUCUUCCCCUAUGCAGAGAAACUACUUGGCUCCUAUGUCUUCCUCAUCUUCCUUGUUUUCCUGGUCAUUUUCUUUGUCUUCACAUUCUUCAAAGUGCCAGAGACGAAGGGCAGGACUUUCGAAGACAUCUCCAGGGGCUUUGAAGGACGAGCAGAAGCCAGCUCCACAUCACCUGUAGAGAAGUUGGAGCUGAACAGUAUACAACCUGACAAAGUUGCAUAAGAUGCCUGACACACCUGUUCUCUGGCUCUUACCUGCUUAGAGUCAUUAAAAGAAUGAACAAAGAAAACAAUGAGAACUGGGACAUGUUUUCUCCCCUCAAUUGCUGCUAUUUUCUUCUUUGCACCCCUAUACACUCCUACUCUGUCAGGCUUACCAGCAGUAAGCCAAUCUGAUAUGGGUGAUCUCAUUUUAAAAUACUGGAAGGCACCUGGCACUAGCAAAAGUAAUCUCAUCUCCCCUGUCACAAACAUGAGGAGAACAGAAGAGCUGGCAAUAUUUUUUGCUUUUUUUGACCUGUAUUUGGGGUUAACAUACUUAUGCACGCAGUGACCAUUACGUAUUUUAAUCUUAAUUACUAUUUUUGUAGUGAGUUGGAGUGACCCACUAAAGAAGUCUCUGGCCCUUUGAGUCUACUCUGUGUGUGUGCAGUGUUACACUGGAAUUUAACAAGCCCACCAAAAACCCAUCUCCUUGCUUUUUCCUAUCCAGUGUGCACUUUUUUCAGCCUCAGGAAAAAGGGGACCAAGUUACAUGCAUAAUUUUUCCUGCUCUUAUUUUGUAUAGACAGACCGAAAGCAUACUUAAGUUUAUUUAUUUGUAUGUCACUUUGUAAAUAUUUAUUUUUUUAAUGGUGUACAAAAAUGUACAGAUAAUGAAAUUGAAGAUGUUUAAGAGAAAUAGCUAUUCUUACAAAAGAUGCUGUAGACUUAAGCUGCAAUAAGACUGUAAAGGAGAAAUGUGGUACUGAACAGGAGAUUAGGCGUUUUGGGUGGUAUGUGCAACAAGAGCCAAUUAUGUAAAUCACCUUUACGUUACGCCCUCUGGAAAGAAAUUCAAAGAAUUGGGUACUAGUGAGAAGUUUGUCCACCAAAAUCUGUUGUUUGGGAAUUUUUGGGUGGCAAUUUUAAAUAUUAUUCCUAAGUGUUGAUUGGAAAGUGUGGUAUUGCAGCGAGUGUUUGGAUUUUCAGUCAUGGUUCAGCAUUGUAUGGGAUGAUUGAGGGUAGUGAUUGAAAACCAGAAUGUCACUUAUCCUGCCUUCUCUUAGUUUUAAUUUUUUUGCUUCUCUGCUGUAUUAUAGUAGGUCAGAAAGUCCAAAAUUUGCAGAUUGUUACUUAAAGGUGUGAGUGUAAAAAUUAUUUUUCAAAGCUGUAUUUUCUUAGGAAUUGUUCUUAUAUACGACAGAAGCUUUAAUGUCAUGUAAGUACAUAAAGGUAGAGAUGCAGAAUUGGGGACCAGAGCUACUGGAAUGUGAUAAUUUAGCUAGGAGUGGGAAAGAUCUGUAGUGCUCAGACCUAUGGUUGGUUGCAGGCCAGGUGUUUUUGCCCUGUAUGUCUGCUCUGGAAGAUCUGCGUGGUGGUGUGUGAUGCACCAGUGUGCAGCAUGCUGUGUGGGUAUGUACAGCUCUCUUAAAAGGGGUCUGGCAGACAGUACUAGUAAAUCAGUAAGUAUUGGUCUCCCUGCUUGUACUUCUGGGUGAUCAAGUAUAUGUACAACUACCCUUGCUGCCACAAUAGCACUGUUCAGUUCAGGAAGGUAAAAGCAAAAGUGUUACACUUGCAGUCAGGGGUUGAGCUUUGUUUCCCUGACUGCAGACUCUAGAGCUGUGCCUCUCCAGACCUGCAGGAACUGUCUAAAGGUAGCACCAAAGGUAGGUCCAGUUUAAACUCCUGCUCUAAGAUACUCUGCGGUUUCAGACCUGUUUGAACUCUGGUCUACCUGCAGUCUCGUGCUGGAGUUCAUCGCUGGAUAUUCUAGAAGAGAGGCAGGCCCACAGAUUACAAGGUGGGUAAAAAGAAGAAAGGCUCAAAGAAAGACAGCAAAACUGUUGUAGCUCAAGCUUUCUUGACUACAUUCUGCUUCAGGGCAGGUCAGAAGUUCCCAUUCUUAUUCUGGGGCAUAUAUCUGGCAUUUUCAGUAACUAAAGUGAUGGCUUUUCUACCUUCCCUAAUGAGAAACAGUUGCAAAGAUUAGUAAAACUUGGUGCUGUGAAAUACUUCCUGUGACUUCCUUUGAAGUAGUCCAGCUUUGCACAAUGCAGUCUUGCAACACCAUAUUCCCUAGCUUUGUCAGGCUUCCAUGCCAGAUAUUAUCAAAAAUAGGACUUUUUAAAUUCUUCAUAUUUUGGCUCAGUUAGAUUUUGUGCUCCUCCUUAGACCCUUCAGUACUUCCAGACAUAUUUCUAUAUGGGCAUCUAUGUUAGGAGGUUCCCCCUACAGCUGUGCAUAAGAGCAUUCCAUACUUUGCAUCAGAGAUGUGUGUUGGCUUGGACUGAAAUAUGUAGGUCUUUCUCACAUGGUAUCUUGUUUUUUUUCCUGUAACAGCAUUGUGAAUAUUUUGGAUUAGUUUUAUAUGCUUAUUAAUGUGGAUGUUUCAUGUUUUUUAAAAUAAACUAUAGAACAAAGUA